GCGCGGAGAGGGAGUAUGCGGCGAGUGCGGCAUUAGUUUUAGCUUCAUUAGAAAAGUUGGUUUAAUUAUGGACAUAGCGCGUGCUUUAAGUGAUCUGUGCAUGUUCUGGACAUUCUUCGGAGCGGUUUUCUUCGCAGGAUGCGUCAGACGCGCCGGGCUCUGACCAGUCCGUGCAGUGGAAGGCGGCGCGAUGCCGGACAACAACGGGCUCUCCGUCGAGUCGACGCAGGCUUCGGAUCACUUCGACCAGCUGUGCGCGGCGCAGACGCUCAAGGGCAUCCUAGGUCACUACAGGAAGCUGUGCGCGGCCCUCAACCUCACGCCGGCACAGUUUCCUGAGUUCUACCCGAAGUUGAAGGCGAAUCUCCAGUCAUGGAAAGCUCUGGGCCUGUUUGCCAAGUUCGACAAGCGGGCGUCUCACAAGUGUUACAACCGCGGGCAGGCGUGUGUCGACACCAAGGUGCUGGUGAUUGGUGCCGGUCCGUGCGGUCUGCGGGCCGCCAUCGAAGCCCAGCUGCUCGGCGCCCGGGUGAUGGUGGUCGAGAAGCGGGACCGGCUCAGCCGCAACAACGUCCUCCACCUCUGGCCCAUGGUCAUCCAUGACCUCAAGGCGCUCGGCGCCAAGAAGUUCUUCGGCAAGUUCUGCGCCGGUGCCAUCGACCACAUCAGUAUCCGCCAGCUGCAGUGUAUCCUGCUGAAGGUGGCGCUGCUGCUGGGCGUGGAGCUGCACGAGAACGUCGGCUUCGAGCAGCUGGUGGAGCCGUCCGACGAGCGGACCGGCUGGCGCGCCCGGCUCAGCCCGCCUGACCACCCGGCCGCCCGCUUCCAGUUCGACGUCCUGAUCGGUGCCGACGGCAAGCGGAAUACGUUCCCCUGCUUCCGACGCAAAGAGUUCCGCGGGAAGCUCGCCAUCGCCAUCACGGCCAACUUCGUGAACCGGCACACCGAGGCCGAGGCGAGCGUGGACGAGAUCUCCGGCGUCGCCUUCAUCUUCAACCAGAAGUUCUUCAAGGAGCUGAGCGCCUCCACCGGGAUCGACCUGGAGAACAUCGUUUACUACAAGGACGAGACGCACUACUUCGUCAUGACCGCGAAGAAGCAGAGCCUGCUGGCCAAGGGUGUCAUUCUGGAGGACCACGUGGACACCAGCCGGCUGCUGGCGCAGGACAACAUCGACCGGGCGCGUCUGAUGGCGUACGCGCGCGGGGCGGCCGACUUCUCGACGGACGGCCAGCUGCCGCAGCUGGUGUUCGCGCUCAACCACUACGGCCUCGAGGACGUGGCCAUGUUCGACUUCACCUGCAUGUACGCCGCCCGCCACGCCAGCACGGUGACGGUGCGGCACGGCCACAGCCUGCUGCUGCAGCUGGUCGGCGACAGUCUGCUCGAGCCGUUCUGGCCGACGGGCAGCG